GGAGACCUUUCUGGUGCUACCAGCUUUAUUUUGGGGGUUUGAGGGAAGCCUGGAGCAGGAGGGAGAGGAGGGAAAAUGCAGCCUUGAAAGCAGUGAGUGUCUGGUAAUUGCAUAAGGUAAAGCCAAGCGUCGUCCAUUUCCCCGAAGCCCCCCGAGAGCUGAGGGGGGGUGGGGUGUGUGUGUGUGUGUGUGCUCCGAGAGGCCUCCAGCCUCCUUCCCAGCCCCCUGCCCCCUCCCCGCAGCCCGGCCCCAUCCCUCAGCUCUGCGUGCCAGCCUUUGCCUUGACUCGAGGUGUCUGUCCCUGUCCACAGCGCGGAGAGGAGCGGGGACAGAAAGGGGAGCAAGAGUCUCCUGGCUUUCGGGGUGCGCGGUCCUGGUCCACCAGAGCCUGCGGGGGCUCGGAGGAUCUCCUGCCCUUCCCCUCCCCCUGCGCUGCAGAGGCUCUGGAUGCUGCCGUACUCCUGCCAUGUGCUGCCGCCGCCGCUACUGCUGCGCGUAGCUUAGUGGAGCGUGUCUCCGGCUGCAAACUCCGCCGAAGAAGCCUGCAUCCUCCUCCAGGGAAGGAUACCCAGAAGCGAUGAAAUUUCCAAUCGAGACUCCAAGAAAACAGGUGAACUGGGAUCCUCAAGUGGCUGUUCCCUCACCACCAGUGCCAGCUUGUGAACCCAAGCCCAAAACUAACGGGCAUUAUCCAGCUCCACGACUCUCUGUUUCCUCCCGAGCCACUGUCGUUGCUACCAUGGAAGCCCCUUCUCAAGGCCUGCAGACAGUCAUGAAGUGGAAAACAGUGGUGGCCAUCUUUGUCGUGGUGGUAGUUUACCUGGUGACGGGAGGACUCGUCUUCCGUGCACUGGAGCAGCCCUUUGAAAGCAGGCAGAAGAACACAAUCGCCCUAGAGAAGGCUGACUUUCUUCGGGAGCAUGUUUGUGUAACCCAGCUAGAGCUGGAGACACUGAUUCAGCAUGCUAUUGAUGCUGAUAAUGCAGGAGUCAGUCCCAUAGGAAAUUCCUCUAACAACAGCAGUCAUUGGGACCUUGGAAGUGCCUUUUUCUUUGCUGGAACAGUCAUCACAACUAUAGGAUAUGGGAACAUAGCUCCAAGCACUGUUGGAGGCAAGGUUUUUUGCAUUUUGUAUGCCAUCUUUGGGAUUCCGCUGUUUGGCUUCUUGCUGGCUGGGAUUGGAGACCAACUUGGAACCAUCUUUGGGAAGGGUAUCGCAAGGGUGGAAAAAGUUUUCAGAAAAAAGCAAGUGAGUCAAACAAAGAUCCGGGUGAUCUCUACCAUCCUCUUCAUCCUGGCAGGCUGCAUUGUUUUUGUGACCAUUCCUGCAGUUAUCUUCAAACACAUCGAGGGCUGGACAGCCUUGGAGUCCAUCUACUUUGUGGUUGUCACUCUGACUACUGUUGGCUUCGGUGACUUUGUAGCAGGAGGAAAUGCUGACAUCCAUUACCGAGAGUGGUAUAAACCCUUAGUGUGGUUCUGGAUCCUUGUUGGCCUUGCCUAUUUUGCUGCUGUCCUGAGUAUGAUUGGAGACUGGUUAAGAGUCCUGUCCAAGAAGACAAAAGAAGAGGUUGGAGAAAUAAAAGCCCAUGCAGCUGAGUGGAAAGCGAAUGUGACAGCUGAGUUCAGAGAGACACGGAGGCGGCUCAGUGUGGAAAUUCACGACAAGCUUCAGCGGGCAGCCACCAUCCGGAGCAUGGAGCGCAGGCGCCUGGGCCUGGACCAGCGAGCCCACUCCUUAGACAUGCUCUCUCCAGAGAAGCGCUCUGUCUUCACUGCCUUGGAAACAGGACGCUUCAAAGCCUCAUCUCAGGAAAGCAUCAACAACAGACCUAACAACCUGCGCCUUAAAGGGUCAGAUCAGCUCAACAAGCAUGGGCAGGGAGCAUCUGAGGACAACAUCAUUAACAAGUUUGGAUCGUCUGCUAAAAUGACCAAAAGGAAAAACAAAGACCUCAAAAAGACCAUCCCUGAAGACGUGCGUAAAAUUUAUGAGACCUUCCGAAACUACUCCUUGGAUGAAGAAAAAAAGGAAGAGGAGACAGAGAAGAUGUGUAAUUCUGAGAACUCUUCUAGCACUGCAGUCUUGACCAACUGCAUCCAGCAGCACUCAGACCUGGAGAAUGGAGUGAUCCCCAAUGAAACCAAAGAAAGGGAACAUGAAAACAAAGCAUUACUUGAAGACAGAAAUUAAAUGUAAAAGAUGCUUGACUUGAAUUAACAAUGUUACUGGUUUUAUAUACAUAUAUAUAUUGAGACACGUGCCUUAUACAGACUCCUUAUUCAGUCUGAAUUAUAUAGCAUCGAAGAAUAUUUCACUGUGCCAUAAAGACUCAAGCUUGCUCUGCCAAAACAAUUCAGGAACACAGCACUGCAGAAUGGCAACAGAAAGCUACGCACAUGGAAUUUUCAGCCUGUAUAAGAUUACCAGGGCAAGACACAAAGGAAGAGACUGAACCAUGGCAAUAUUGCCAGAGUGCUCCUACCAUCACAUAAUAUUAGACAAAGGGCAGCUAUGUAAGAAGAGCGUUUGAAAGGGAUGAAAAAAGUGUAUCUUUGUAAUGGAGUAUGCAUUCAUUAAAGCCUUCCCCUGGUGAUUAAAAAGAGGAGAAAUGAUUGGAGUGAACUAGAAACUUUCAGUAAGGCUUAGUUUACGUUUUGGCACGUGAUCCAAGCUAGAUUUUUUUUUUUUUUUUUCCUUCCAUUUUUGAAUCAGAUGCAUUAUCUUUCUAAACUCCAAAAGAAUGUCCAUGGACACAGCUACCAGCUAGAUGCUGGUUUGAAAAAUCAAUA